GUCCGAUCCCGAACACCUGUCGAGUGCAAGAACAACAACCCAUUUUAUUUCUUCUCCAGGAACCACAUGAUGGAUCAGAUCAUGUACUUCCACUCUAACCCGGUACCUCAGAGGUCACAUAAAAAAUCCACUAGUGGUUGCCGAGCUUGUAAAAUCAGAAAAGUGAAGUGCGAUGAGCAGAAACCUGUAUGCAAGAGGUGUCAGGUACAUUUCAAGAAUAUCACGAGGUGUGAUUAUGAAACCUCGAGAAACAAGAUGAGGGAGCCUAGAGUAACAGCGCAAUUUAUACCCCAUACGAUGGUGGAGGUGCCACUAUCUAAGAAUACUCCACAAUUAGCCUCAAGUAAAUCACCAAAGGAGUUUGCACUCUUCGAUCGCAACAUACAGGCAGAGCGUACUUUGACUUGCUCCCGGUAUUCUGCCUCGCAGACCAAGUGUUGCAAAUGUCCUUGCCACUAUCCUGAGUUUACGAACAUGCUACUUGAUUUAGUGUUUGGUAUAUGUAGGAUAUGUGGCAAUUAUCCGAAUCUAUCGCCCAACAGCAGCGAUUGCAACCCUGUCAUUUCGGAUGCCAUCCUCAUGCCGGGCAGAAUUGAUCCCUUCCAAAUGCUCCCUGCAAAGAGCAGUCCACGGGUAUAUGCGUUGAUGCAUCAUUGGAACACAUCUCUAGCACUUUUCCCAACCCAGAUACACUCACAAUACUGCACCAAUCCAUUAUGGCUUUCAGCGGCGAUAUCCAAUCCAACACUCUUCAACACGACGCUCUACGUAGCAGCAGUUCAUGAUGCGGGACUCCACGGUUUCAAAGACACAGUCGAGUCACUCUUCUACAAAGCCCAAACUAUCCGAGUGUUGAACGAAGCGUUGCGAAAUCCUUCUCAGGCAGUUACAGAUGAGACACUUUCCGCUGUCUUACUCCUUACUCAUAUUGUUGUGAGUAACUUCUCACGACCUCCAACUAUUGUCAACAAAACCAGCAAUAAGCAAUUGGAUUUGACUUUCGUGACCAGUGUAUCAUCGGGGAACCCGAGGAAGUUGAGACUCACCUCAGCGGGCUUCGACAGAUGAUCGAUCUCCGCCGUGGAAGCCAAACCUUUUCAGUCGCAGGUGUUUUUCUUCACAUGCUGUGUACCACAAAUCAUUUGACCGCCGUGAUCUCGGAAAGUAAAGCUCUGCAUCCGCCAACUUCACCAUACACACCAUCUUCGAUCAAUCCAUCAUCAUCUGCUCCCUUUGACGAGUCAUCAAUGCUCAAAGCUUUCGCUAUUACCUCUGGGUUUCAUUCAACGGUUGCUGAUAUACUGUAUGAGAUGGGCUGUUUACAUAACGUGCUUGAUGCCUUUUCGAGCAAACUUCUACCGCAUAUACGCCAGUCUUUCGAAAAUCUAAUGGAGACUAUCGAGCGGAUGGGUCAAUUUAAUUUGAGAGAAAACGAGGUUUUGGGACCUUUAUUAGUAAUAGUAGAUUUGUAGGCCAGCAGGAUAGCGACACCAUGAUUCACCGGAUAGAGAACUACCUGACAUUCCGAGAAGAUCUAACAACAAAUGACCGAUUUGUGAAUAAUUUCAAUGGUGUCUGUGUCGUGGUAGGAUAGCACCUUGACCUUGCUUGCAACUUUUGUUACUUAGUGCUUGGUAAAGAAAA